CUCUACUUCUGUCCGUAUGGUACGUACUAGUACCUGGUACUUACCAUACGAACUCACACGGGUGUCUUUGCAACUACAUUAAGGUACGCGUACCUGGUACACAUAGGACUUACCUGAACGUCGUAAUUCUAGUUGAUAUUGAUGUUCCAUAUUCCGUAUUCAUCGAAACAGUUUCCUUUGAAACGUAGGAAAUGUACGAGCUCGUACCUUGCUGGAAGAGGGCUGAACGAACGUAUCGCGCKUGCAUUACUGUACACGGUAGUACCGUAGGGUACUUGGCUUGUCAGAACGAACUUMUGAAUUUUGUUUGAUGUAAAAUUGGAAAUAUUUUAAAAUCACUUUUGCUGUAAAAAUUACAUCGAUUCUCACAGUGUUUGAACUGGCUGAUGAUGACUUCAAUGCAAUUGUCGAUGACGAGUUGCGUGUACUUCCAACCUGAUCACUAAGACGGAAAUGAUGAAGGCAUUAAGUCAACUAUUAAUAGCAUGCAUUUGCUUGUCGUCUUGCUCUGCGGAAAAAGACGGAGACGGUACUUGCAAUGCCGCAGCCGGUGGCACUUGCCCGAGUGAAACCGAAGCGCACUCCGAAACAAAAUCCCAUUGCUUCCCAGAUGGAUCCUGCUUUGAUUCGAUUCUAGAGGCAGGGAAGAAAUAUCACGAUCCCAGCAGUAUAUCGUUCGUGCCAAUGGAUGUUCCGAAACCUUUCGGAGAGAGCCAAGAACUUAAUCCAACAGACCCCGAAAACUACACAAAAACGCUUGAAGUUCUUUCCAAGACCCACGAUUACAUGGUAGAUCUUUAUCAAGAUGAUACAGCCGAAGUGUAUCGCAGCCACUGCAAGGUCAACAACAAACUCUGUGCAUUCUGGGCUGCUAUUGGAGAAUGCGAUGCCGUAAGUUAUUGGAUGCGUCGUGUUGCGCUUUGCUUUCCUUUGGUCAAAGAAAGGGAAAGAAUUCAUAUUUACUCAAUUUUAUGAGAUCGACUGAUCAAUUGAUGUCUGUUUUUAAAACAACGAUGGAAUGCUUGCAUUUGAUGUGUAGAAUCCGGCGUAUAUGAUUGUAAAUUGUGCCCCGGUGUGUCAAACUUGUCACAAAUUGAUGUUUGAGCAUCGCUGUCCGUAUGAUGAUAAUGCUCCCAGUGUCUGGGGUCCCGGAGAUCUCAACAAAAUGUUCGAACGAUUGACGACAGAAGAAUAUUAUAUUCAGAAGUUUCAACCAACCAUUUUGUCACAACCCCCGGAAGGUCCGUGGAUUAUCACACUCGAAAACGUAGCUACGGAAGAACAGUGCAAACGCAUCAUAGAACUUGGAUCCUAUCGUGGAUAUGAGCGAAGCACAGAUGUUGGAGAAGUCAAGUAUGACGGAACGAUCGAGGGUCUCAAACACGACACCCGAACCUCUCACAACACGUGGUGCUUAGAUGAGUGCUACGAUGAUGAGAUCAACCAAGCAGUUAUUUCAAAUGUUGAGAACAUAACUGGUAUUCCCGAUGGAAAUUCUGAGUAUUGGCAAUUACUGCAGUACAAAGAGACGCAGCACUAUGCCGUAAGUGGACAAAGCUGGAUUGGUAUUGCUUAGCGUGACCACUUUGAUUUUUCUAUCUUCACUAACGAUAUUCGUUCCAUGUAUUCUUCAGGACCAUCACGACUACAUCCCCUUCCAUCUACAGCGGUUUUUUGGGGCACGUAUGUUGACAGGUAUGUUCUGUCAAUUUUAUAGUUUCGUGAAUAUUUCGCUUCUAACACUAACGACGAGUUGCACCAUUGCCACGCAGUUUUCUUGUACCUGAAUGAUGUCGAAGAGGGCGGCGAGACUCACUUUGGAGGCUUGGACAUCUCUGUGAAACCAAAGACUGGCAGAGCUGUAGUCUGGCCAAGUGUGAAAGAUUCCGAUCCUCGGGCUAAGGAACCCAGAACAAACCACGAGGCAUUGCCAGUAAUAAAGGGUAUAAAAUAUGCUGGUAAGUGAAAUCUUUUACUGUCCAUGACUUUGGUAUGUUCGUGUUUGCAAUCCUUUUUACGAAUAUUCCUCCCUGAAUAUGUCUUAUUUUAUCUCUGGACUCCAUUUGUUUGUGAAUUUCAUAGCCAAUGCAUGGAUUCACCAGCGUGACUUCAAGGAUGUCUUUAACAAGGGAUGCUCUUGAUUGUAAAGUACAACGGAAUAGUUCAGUGACUGUUGCGGCUACGAUGUGAAAUUCAACCUUUUUCCCAUCAAAACCAGUCAUCGCGAUCUAUCAUUAUUUGAACAUCUAGUUUCAAAAGUACAAUGCCAAGAAGUUUCUUCARAAAAGAAAUGGAUUUCCAAAGAAUAUGAAUUUAUUAGCAAUUACAGUACCAUCUUUCGAGUUCUUCUGCUCAUUAUACAACUGCAUACAACUUCAUCCAAUAGUAUCAUCUUGUGAUGGUGRCCUAGGUAGAUUUCCCCGUUCAAGUUCUAUUUUUCUGGCAGUCUCAUCCGGAACCUUAUCACAAUACGAAGGGAUUGCCAGGGGGUGUUGCGAUGGUGUUGAUUUCAGAUCGAUAAUCCGAAGUGCACCCAAACAAGAGCGCAUCUUCCUUCGUAUAUAUGCUGAGGGAUUCAGGACCGUCACGUAAUCAGCAAAGAUGGCGAUGUACCCCAAGGCCAUACUCGAUAUGAUUACGUCGAUAAUUGCCCCACCAGUGUUGGAGGGGGUGACAUCUGUCAGAGGUGUUCCAAGCCCGAGUGAAUUCGAGGCAACGUAAAGAAUUCCAUCUCUGAUCGUCCAAUCUUCCGCCAGCGCCAAGAGGGCCCCAAACGCAGAACAGA